AAAUGUUUUAAAUUUUAUAAAACAUAAUUUCAGAUAAUCUGGUGGGAUCUAGAUAAUGCUACCUAAGAAGAAACCAAAUGAACGAAAAAAACGUCAAUUAGAGAGACAGAAAAAACAGAUAAAAAGAAAUGAAAAACCGGAUAUCAAAUGCUGCAGUGUGUCAUCAUUUGCCAACAUCAAACCAGUCAAUCAUAAAAGCACUGAUAGUAGAGUCCCAGAAGAAAUCAUCACUGCAGAGUCUACAUCUGUAGAUUGUGCAGAAACUUCAUUUCAAUUGGAUGAUGGAAUAGGAGAACAAGUUCACAAGUAUUUUGAAGACCAAAGAAAGAGAAAAGAACAAAAGCAAAGAUAUAUAUUGAAGAGAAGAAAUGAUCCUUUGUAUGCAAAAAGAGAACAGAUCGAAAAUAGGGAAAGAAAAAGAAUUGAAAGAAGUAAUCCCUGGAAAAGGUAUGAUGAAGCCAAAAAGGACAAAGAACGUAGAAAAAAAUACAGAAAGCAGCCCAGUAAGAAGAAUUUAGAAAAUGCUGGAGAAACACCAUGUAAAAAGCUAAAAAGAAAAAACCCAUCCUACAGAGAAACAGAGGCUCAACAGGAUAAAGAACGCAGGAAAAAUUACAGGGAUCAGCAAGGGAUAAAAGACAAUGAAAAUGCAAGAGAAACACCAUGUAAAAUACAAAAAAGAAAUGACCCAUUGUACAGAGAAACAGAGGCUAAACAGGACAAAGAACGCAGGAAAAGUUAUAGGGAUCAGCCAGGGAUAAAAGACCAUGAAAAUGCAAGGGAGACCCCUCAACGAUACCAUCAUCGCAACUGUCAGUUUAAUGCAGAUGUGGCUGUUGAAACUUUUUUAUCUAGGAUUCAAGAAGGGCCUGUUUUCACUUGUACAUGUUGUCAUAGACUUUCAUAUAGAUCAUCUCUCUCUCUUUUUAAUGAAGACGAAUUUUCAAACACUGAUGAAGAUCUCCUCUCUAAAUGUAGAACCAGCAAAAUUUCUUUUGAUAUGAAUGAAUAUAUUUGUUCAUUCUGUAAGAGAUUUCUGAAGAAAAAUGAACUUCCAUCAUUAGCUGUGUGCAACAAUCUACAACUAGAUGACACUCCUCAGGUUCUGAAAGAUCUAAAUGCUUUAGAAGUAUCGUUUGUUGCCAAAAGAAUUCCGUUUAUGAAGUUAUUAGCAUUGCCAAGAGGAAAGCAGAAGUCAGUACAUGGUUGUGUCGUAAAUAUCCCUGUAGAACCAGAGCAAACUGUGUCUGUUUUACCUCGAGUUCCAUCCUCAGCAUCAAUGAUAAUGGUCAAAUUAAAAAGAAAACUACAUUACAGAGGACAUGUGUUCUUGCAAAAUAUUCAACCUCAGAGGGUACUUCAUGCAUUGCAUACUUUGCGGUCAAUAAAUCCUUUGUAUAGUGACAUUACCGUGGAUCCUGAGUGGACGCAAAAUAGCUCCCUUGACUCACCUGAAUUGUGGGAUUCUCUCUCAUCUCCAUUGGAAAAAUCAUCACAAGAAUCGUCUCCUGUGAAUGUUAUACCACUAACCACUCCUGUCACACACCCUUCAACAUCUACAGCAGAAUAUGACUAUGAUGAGAAUGAAGAAGAAAACGAAAGAAGCCGUCUAAGUGGUAUUCCAUACAAUACAUGCAUUCAACCAAAAGAUUUAAGCUCUGAAGACAACAUCAUCAUCCAAAAUCUGAAGUGGACUGACACAAUCAAAGUUCUUGCUCAGCAGCAGGGGAAGGACCUUUCAGAUGAAGACAUUGAAAAUCUGUCAUGGGAAGAACGAUGUGACUUCUUAAGAUCUAAUCCAGUUACUGCAGCUAGGCACUUUGACAACAGAGUUCAGCUUUUUCUUAAAUACAUUCUGCUAAAUAAACAGCUGAAUCCAUUGGGAAACAUUACAGAUUAUAAAUACCGAAUUGAAUUUCAACAGCGCGGUUCACCACAUGUGCACAUGGUGGCAUGGGUAGACAAUGCACCAUCCAUUGAGAAUAACAGUUUGCAAGAAGUGAAAAUGUUCACAGAGGAUCACAUAUCCUGUGAACUUCCGGAGAAUGAUGAUCACUUGCACAGACUUCUUUGUACUGUUCAGAAGCAUACCCACUCUGUGGCUUGCAAAAAGCAUGGGCAGAAAUGCAGAUUUCAUUUUCUUCGGCCCCCUCUGAAGCAGACUAUUGUUGCCAAACCUCCAAGUGAGCCUCCACCAGCUUCUGUGCAAGAACAAUACUCAGCAGUAUUAACAGCUGUUCAAGAAGAGUUGGCAAAGCUCAAGCCUGAUGAGAAAAUUUCUUUGGAUGAACUUCUUCAGAGAGCAUCUGUUAGUGAAACUUUGUAUGAGAAAGCCUUGAUUUGGAUUUCAACAAAGAAUGGUCAACCUGCUGUACUUUUAAAAAGAACUCCAGCUGAAGUGAAUAUCAAUAAUUACAACAGACAUCUCAUGUUGGCUUGGCAGGCCAACCUAGAUGUACAAUUUGUGACAAAUACAUAUGCUUGUGUUAUGUAUGUGGCAUCAUCUGUAUCAAAACCAGAGAAGACACUUGGAGAUAUACUCAAGGCAGUUAGUGCAUCUGGAGAACACUUAGGCCCUAAAACGUCCAUGAAAAGUGUUGCAAAGAAAUUCUUACCGCUUGUGCAAGGAUCACGGCAGAUUCUCGUUGUACCAACAGAUCUCCCAGAGCAAAGAACACGACUUUUCAAGCCCCUAAAACUUCUUCAGAUGUUGGAAGAUGAUGAUGCAGAUGUUUUCAUGACAGGUAUACUGGAGUACUAUGCAGCUCGACCUAGUAAGCUUUCUGAGAUGACACUUGGAGAGUUUGUCUCAAAGUACAAAAAGUCGUCCAACAAAACACUAGAUAAAAGUGACGAAAAAAAAAUUCAGCUUCAGGGAGGCUUUGGUGUAAUGAGUCAGAGAGGUACUCCAGCAAUUAUAAGGUACCAUCAGUGGUCUGAGAAGAAGCAACCUUCACAGCCCUAUCAUUCCCAGUUACUUUUGUAUUGUCCUUGGAGAGAUGAAAAGAAUGAUCUAUGUUACAGUUCCUAUGAAGAAACUUAUAAUGCAAAUAAAGAACUAAUUGAAGAAAACAGAAAAUCAUAUGAAUAUCAUUCCAGCGAAAUUCAACGUGCUGUAGAAAACAUAGAAGAAUUUGGAAUUGCAGAGGAAUGUUGGAACAUUUUUGCUCCUCAAGUAGAACAAAUGCAGUGUGAGGAUAGACGCACAGGAACCACUGAAGUACCAACAAUUAGCAAUGUAUUUGAUCAUAACAGCAGUUCAUCUGUAAAUCAUGACCUGGGACUAGUUCCAUAUGAAGUUGAGUUUUCCAAUGAAAGAAUGACAAAAUUUGAAUGGUAUAACCAUUUGCUUUCACUAAACACACUACAAUCACAAGUUCAUGAUUUUAUUGUUCAUUGGUGCACAAAGAUGUUGUUGUCACACAAAUGCAGAACACCAGAUCCCUUUCAUAUUUUUCUAACGGGUGGGGCUGGAGUAGGAAAAAGUCACCUCGUCAGAGCGAUUGUGCAAACAAUAAAUCAUUUUUUUCAACGAAACAAUCAAGUACAAGAUAUGCAUGUGAUGGUAUGUGCACCUACCGGAGCAGCUGCCUAUAAUAUCUCUGGGUACACACUUCAUGCUGCAUUUCUCCUCCCAGUGAACGUGAAGAGCAGUGAUGACUACAUACCUUUGUCAGGAGAAAGACUUGCUUCGUUAAAGGAAUCCAUUGGAAACAUCAACGUUUUAAUCAUUGAUGAGAUAUCUAUGGUUGGGUCAGAUAUGCUUCUUACGGUGCAUCGCAGAUUAUGUGAUGUAAUGGGAAAUCACCAACCAUUUGGGGGGAUAUCUAUUUUAGCAGUUGGAGACCUGUUACAGUUGCCACCUGUUGCUCAGAAGCCAGUAUUUUCAUGUCCAUCUGAUGAGAUGGCUGCUAUUUAUGGAUCUUUAUGGCAACAUUUUCAGAUUGCCGAACUACAUGAAAUUCAACGACAAAAGAAUGAUAGUACUUUUGCUUUACUGUUAAAUAGGAUCAGGUCUGGGACUCAUACUGAUGAGGACAUUAAGGUACUCCAACAAAGAGCAAUUAAUGAAAGUUAUGAAGACUAUCCAAAAGAUGUGACACACAUCUUUGCAUACAACAAAGAUGUAUAUCAACACAACAUGCAGAGAUUAGAGUCUAUACAAACAUCCAAGUUCACCUUUACUGCAGAAGACUCUAAAAAAGAUGGUGAAACUGUUUUGGUGGAAACAACAAAUCUGAAAGAAAUGGCUGGUGGUCUUGCUAAAACAAUUUCAAUUGCUGUUGGUGCCAAAGUGAUGCUGACAAAAAAUUUAGAUGUUCAGGAUGGACUAGUAAACUCUGCAUCUGGGGUUGUAACUGGGUUUUAUCCACAACCAGCAGAUGAUCAAGACAGGGAUACAUUCAAGCCAAAAUACAUCUUUGUGAAAUUUAAUGAUGAGAGAGUUGGAAAAAGAAACAGAUUACAAUCUUCAAGAAUUUUGGGAGAUGAAAUUUCAACACCAAUCCCUCAAGUUGAAACACAGAUUCGUUUCGGAAAACAUUCAAAAGUAACAGCAAAGAGAACCCAGUUUCCUUUAUGUCUGGCAUGGGCAGUAACCAUUCAUAAGGAACAGGGAAAAACAGAGGAUCAGCGGUUGUGUCCUGUAAAGGAACUUUUCAUGCAGGACAAUUCUACACAGCAGUAA